UCUUAGGUCAAAAUUCCCGCGACCGUCUACCUACACAACCGCCUUCACUUGCGUUACGCGCCGUCGAAGCCAGAAAUAUUCCGGCUACAUGAGAAUCAUCGGCGACAAGCGGGCUCCGCCGGCAGCGGAGCACUCGGCGAGCAAGCGCAUACAUUCUUCGCUGUUACAACCAUGCCACCUCAAUGAAACCUCGAAGAAGCGAAGAUUACUGACAGAGACUGAAACCCUAACCCUAGAACCCCUCACAACUCAUACUCCUCCGCUGCGAACGAACUACGCCGCGUCUUCUCAUUCUUCGUUUCGUACUCACCACAAGCAUAAAAAGCACUACAGAAUAAAGUCCUCAACUGCUGAGGGUGAUCGCAAGUGGGUCUAUUCUACUCGUAGUAAUGCUUCCCAUCAUAAAGAUAAGGUUGUUUUGGUGUCAUACAAUAUACUGGCUGUUGAGAAUGCAUCAAAACACCAAGACUUGUACUCUAAAGUCCCACCGAAAUAUCUAGAUUGGGACCGUCGGAAAAAGCUUUUAUGCGAGGAGAUCAGUCGGUACAGUGCGAGCAUCUUGUGCCUUCAGGAGGUCGACCGUUUCUGUGAUAUAGAUAAUCUUCUCCAAAAAGAUGGCUUCAGAGGUGUUUACCAGGCUCGAACAGGUGAAGCACGUGAUGGCUGUGCUAUAUUCUGGAAAAAUGAGCUAUAUACCCUUUUGCAUCAAGAGAGCAUAGAGUUCCAGAUGUUUGGCCUUCGUAAUAAUGUCGCUCAACUUUGUGUUUUGGAGAUGACCCAAGAUCAGUCAAGUUCCACUCUGGAUGCUAAGGCAUCACCGGCCUGUCAGUCUCGAAGUUUAUUGGUUGGAAAUAUUCAUGUGCUCUUCAACCCAAAGCGGGGAGAUAUCAAGCUGGGCCAGAUUCGACUUUUUCUUAAGAAGGCCCAUGAGCUGUCACAAGAGUGGGGCAACAUUCCUGUCGUGCUUGCUGGGGACUUUAACAGCAUGCCCCAGAGUGCAAUGUAUCAGUUUCUAGCUUCAGCUGAGUUGGACCUUCAACUACACGAUAGAAGAAAUGUUUCAGGAGCUAUUUGUCCAUUGGAGUAUCAACCAUCGCAACAUCAGGACAAGUAUGCUGCCAGCUUUUGGAGUUCUGUCUCAAGGCCCCCGAUUUAUAGAUGGAGUUGUGAAGAAUUAUGUUUUGCUACGGGUACUGAAGGAGUAACUCAUCUUAGACACCCUUUAAAUCUCUGCAGUGCAUACCCUAGAGUUCAUGGAUGCAAGAUAACUAGGGAUAACCACGGGGAACCCUUGGCAACAUCUUAUCACUCCAAGUUCAUGGGAACUGUUGAUUAUAUAUGGCAUUCUCGGGAGGUUGUACCUGUGAGAGUUCUCGACACCCUACCAAUUCAUAUUCUCAGACAAAUGGGUGGACUACCGAGUAAGAAAUGGGGCAGCGAUCAUUUGGCUCUCGUCUGCGAGCUGGCUUUUGCUGAUGAUGUCAAUGAGAAAUGACUUCUGCCACCGAUCCAAGGCCAUUAACGAACUUGGAGCUCGAAAUAUUUUAUGUGGUAGUCAAUUUUUUUAUGGGAUUUUCCUUAUCCCCAUCGGACAAAGUAGUGGAGUUAUGCAAGAGUAAAGGUUACUGCAUUUACUAGUGGUAUAACAUUGGGGAGCAUUACUUGUGCACUGCUGCCCUGACUAUUCGGGUGAUUGAUCCGUUUCAGUCAAAUUGCUAGCUCUAAAGUUUUGGAACCGGAAGUUACAAUGUUAGAGAGGAAAUAGAGAUUGUAAUUCAUGACUUUAAUUUUUCCUGCUUCAUCCAGUUGUAUAAACUUAAUAGUAGAAAAAUGCUUUCCGUUUGACCAAAAAUAAAUAAAUAAACUUAAUACUCGGCAAA